UUUGAAUACCGCUGACCUAAAUCAACACGAAACAGGCAGACAUUUUGGAUUUUGGAGCGAAGCGUGCAAUAUUUACCAAGAGUUCAAUUAUUUUCGCGGUUUCCGUGACAAUGAGCGCGAAUUCCGACGACGGAAAGAGUGACAAGGACCCGUGCCCGCUUCAGUACUGUGAUUUUGAAACGGUCGAUCAUGCUCGUAUGUGCCCAUUUUACACGUCGCUUUUGACGCGGUCCACAGACAAGAGCAUUGAACCAGAAGAACUAGACCUGCUCACAAGUGAUCUGGAAACCUUGUUAGCCAGCUGCAACCGGCGGAUGAGAUUACUUGAGACGGAAACAAAGAUUCUUGUAGAUUGGGCUGAGAAAAAAGAUAAAAAGAUUGUACGACAAAAAGAGCUUGAAAUUCUCAAUUCUCUGUCCAAUUUCAAAAGGGGAAGGCCGCUGACCGAAGAACGAGGCUCAAAGAAACAAAAAAUUGACGAUUCCACUUCCAAAGGUGGUGUUCAGAGUGCUGGUAGAACUAAAGGGCUUGGUAAAACUAGUGAUGUUGGUGAUGACGAGUCCUUUCCCAUCACAUCCAAGAACAAAACUGACGCCCCCAAUAGGUUUUGGUCUGUUGUUGAGCCUUAUUGUGCUGACUUGACACAAGAUGAUCUCAAAUUUCUUGAGGAUUCUCUAAAGGCUGAUGACGAUGAGCAUGAGUAUUGUAAGAUACCAUCCUUAGGAAAACACUACAGUGAGAAAUGGGCACAGGAAGAUUUAAUGGAUGAACAACAGGAAGGCAUUAAGCUGCAGGAAAAGCGACGCAGUUCAUUAUCAAAUGCUUCUGAAAAUAAAAAUGACCUAGCUGCUGCUGUUUUAAAGAAAGCAGACACCUCCGCUGUGCAGUCUGAAGAGGAUUCUUGUCCUUUUGGACUUCUCACCCAGAGAUUGGUAUCAGCACUUAUCGAGGAAAACAUUAUUGCGCCUAUGGACCAGAGUGCUAGCACUGCAGCAAAAUCUAGUGAGACUGCAUCAACCAGAAGUGGAGGGAUGACUCCACGUACACCAGUUAAAGCACUACAUGUCCCACAUACACGCACCCUGGAAGCUAGAAUCAGAGAAGAGCUAGUAUUCCAAGGUUUUAUUGAUGAAGACACUGGUGAAGAUAAUGAUGAUGAGGUACUAGCUGAGCUAAAAAGACACCAGAGUGAACUGAAAACUUUGAUUGCUAAAAACAAGCAAGCUAAGCAGGACCUUCUCAAGCUAGCACAGGAAGAGAUGCGAAGACAAGAACUUAGGCAUAGGAGUAAAAUUGCAAAUGCUGAGGUGAUGGAAAAUUUCCGCAAAAUAAUAGCAUGUAAACAGAAAAGGAAAUCACCUACUAAAAAGGAAAAAGAUAUUGCAUGGAAAGCUUUAAGAGAGCGUGAAGCCAUCAUCCGGGUGCUUGAAAGUACAUAGAACAUAGGUGAAUUAAUGUGAUAAUAAUUUGUCGAAAUGAAUCUGAAAUUAGCUAGAGCCUUAUUCACUCCUUUUGAAAUAAUUGCACAUGAUGACAACCAGGCGUAUACCCAGAUUAGAUUCGCUGAGGGGGGGGGGGUGCUCAGUCGUACGUAUCAUACUGUAUGGAAAAAGCAUAGUAUUUAAAGAUUCCUUAAUAAGAAAUGACCCACUUAUUGACUGCCAAAGGGGUGGGUGCACGCACCCUGGGCACCCCCCUGUGUACUCACCUGACAACAAUAACAAAUUGUAGCCCAUUCAUUCUAUAUUCUUAGGUCGAACUAACAAUAAAAACAAAUUAAAUAUUGUUAUAGCGUACAGUAUACUGAACAACAUACUUUGGAAGUAUGUCUUGUCAUUUAGCAAUAUCGGUUUUCUUUUGUCAGCCAUCCUUUGUUACUCAUAGAGUGGUUUUCGAAACCCCAUGCAACAAAAUUAAUAUUUGUUUAAGUGUAAUAGUGAAACCAGAACAAAAGAGAACAAAGACAUUACAGCGUAUUAGUACUAAAUAAACUUUAAAGUGUUUCACGGGUUUUUGAAAUCCAUUUCAAGUGCAGGGGCAGUUAUUUCAAUAAAAUAUAUUUUUUUUAGAAUAA